UUCAUGCACAGACACCUGAGCUACUAUGGCUACUUCCAAGGUGAGCUGUGAGCUUGGUGGGCCGUGACUGGUGGGUAUGCUGGGUCCCACGUGAGGGACAUCGUGCUCGCAGCACCAGUCCCUGCACCAGGGCUGUCUCUCUCCCCAUUGUCCCCAUGAGGCUGGAUAGCCUGGUCCUAUCCCACCCCACAGCAAUCCCCAGGCCCUUUGUUUUGGCACCCUAGUGGCAGCAAUGUUCUCCCCAAGGCCAGAAGACAGGCCAGCAGAAGAGCCCUGCAUCCUCCCAGGAGCAUGGGCAGGGGUCCUCCCAGUGCCAGCCUGCUGAGGCACCCAGCCUGGGCAGUGCCAAGACAGCCGGCAGCUCUCCGCAGGGCCUGGGGAAGGAGCCAACAUCCCUUCAGAUGUUGGAGCUGGCCCUCUGCAAGAGCAAGCAGCUUGUCUUGGGGCAGCCUCCAGGCCGCAGUUCCCUGCUGCUGCGCGAGCCACGGGCUCUUUUCGCCCUGCCGUCGGCGCGAGGCCCCCUCCCUGCUCCCCGCUGGCCUGUGGAGUGCGAAGUCAUCAAGGAGGAGAUUGAGCACAUUGAGUGGAUUCCCCCUCAGCCGGAGCCGUUCUACCAGCCCACAGGGUGCGAGCAGGCCCCAGCUGGCAGUGAGGAGUGCGGUACCGUUGUCUACCAUGUCAGCCCAGUGAUUGGAGGCUCCUGCUUCACCCGUGCUCGAGUUGGGGGGGCUCAGGGCCCCCUCUCCUCACCAGCGGCCACCCUGGCAGGUCCCUGUGACACCACCCUCCUUUUUGAAUCACGGUUUGAGAGUGGCAACCUCCAGAAGGCCAUCAAGGUGGGCCCUUAUGAGUACGUGCUAACUCUGCGGCCAGACCUGUACACCAGCAAGCACACUCAAUGGUUUUACUUCCGCGUGCAAAACACCAGGAAAGACCCUGUCUACCGUUUCACCAUCGCCAACCUGGCGAAGCCCAAGAGCCUCUACAGUGCAGGCAUGAAGCCACUAUUCUACUCGCAGCGGGAUGCCCAGGGCUGUGGCAUUGGCUGGCGCAGAGCUGGGGAUGACAUCCGCUACUACCGGGGUGCCUCUGGAGAGGGCCAGGCUGCCUACUGCCUCACCUGGACUGUGCGUUUCCCCCAUGAUGGCGAUACCUGCUACUUUGCCCAUUCCUACCCUUACACCUACUCGGACCUGCAGCGUUACCUGCAGGCGGUGGUGGGUGACCCUGUCCGCUCACAGUACUGCAAGGUGCGAGUGUUGUGCCACAGCCUGGCUGGCAACACCGUCUACUUGCUCACCAUCAGCAGCCCCACGGGCGCUGCGGUCAAGAAGACAGUGGUGCUGAGCGCCCGCGUGCACCCCGGUGAGAGUGGUGGCUCUUGGGUGAUGAGAGGCUUCCUCGACUUCAUCUUGAGUGAUGCCCCCGAUGCUCAGCUCCUCCGCCAGCUCUUCAUCUUCAAGGUUGUGCCCAUGCUGAACCCUGAUGGCGUGGUCGUGGGCAAUUCCCGCUGCUCCCUGGCAGGCAAGGACCUCAACAGGGCCUACAGGACGGUGCUCAAGGACUCUUUCCCCUGUGUCUGGCACACGCGAGCCAUGGUGGAGAGGGUCCUGGCAGAGCGUGAGAUCCUGCUGUACUGCGAUUUCCAUGGGCACAGCCGCAAGAACAACGUCUUCAUGUAUGGUUGUAGCGGCAGCGAGGCUGGUGCUGCGCCACGGCUACAUGAACGUGUCUUCCCACUGAUGCUGAGCAAAAAUGCCCCUGACAAGUUUUCCUUCCGCAGCUGUAAGUUUAAGGUGCAAAAGAGCAAAGAGGGAACCGGGAGGAUCGUCAUGUGGCGGAUGGGCAUCUCCAACAGCUACACUAUGGAGGCAGCCUUUGGCGGCUCCACGCUGGGUGAGAGGCACUCACACUUCAGUGUGGAGGACCUCAAAUCACUGGGCUACCACAUCUGCUACACGCUACUGGACUUCUGCAGCCCUGAUCUUUCCAAGGUCCAGCAGUGCCUGUUGGAGCUGGAUGUGCUGCUGCAGCAGCAACUUCAUCAAAAGCUUGGAUGUAAGCCAGGCUCUGGUGGUAGCUGGAGUGGUAUCUCCCUCUCAGACCUCGAAUCCAGCACCAGUGGCUCCAACAGCUCCGAGUCUGACAGUCCUCCUGCUCACCUCCUCAGCCCGGCAGAGCAGCUUAAACAAAGGAAAAAGAAGCAGUUGCAGACAAGGAGAGAGAGGAACGCCCUGCGUCAGCAAUACUCCAUCUCCUGGGACCAGCCGAGCCGGGAGAGCGUCUUGGUGAGGCCAGGAUCGCCUAGACCACAGAGGCAACCAGCUCUCUACACGGCCCUGAUGAGGGACAGCAGUGCAGGAGGAGAGAUGAAGCAGGCUGCGGACUCAGGAGACAUAACCAAGUUGCCUGUAUGGUGGGGUGAGCUGCACGACGGACGCAAGACAGCUUCCCACGGGAGCAGGACGCAGUCCUGCCUUACCAGCCCCCACGGGGAGCACAGGCGCCGGCCCUGCGUGGAGCGCUGCAACGGGUGGGCUGUGGCGCCUGACCCCGCAGGUGCUUGCUCCAAGUGCCUCGUGCGUCACCGAGCAGCUGCUCGCAGGCAGCACUCUGCAGAGGCGCUGAGCCUCUCGACAGCGAGGAGCCGGCUGUCUUGUGCCACAGGGGGACCUGCCUCAGCUCCUGGCCAGAAGAAACCCAGUGGGAAUGGAAAGUGCUCACCCUUGGGCAAGGCCACAGGUCCCAUACCCAGCCUCCAAAUGUAGCUGCUCACCAACGGUGUGUUGUCAUGCUUGUGUUCAGUAUUAAAGGUGGUGCUGCAGCACAGGGCUGCACCCCUGGA